AUGGAGUACGAUAUCUUUCGACAAAUCUGGUUAGAUAAGUUGCCGGUCCCCAUGCAGCAGGUGUUGUCCAUGCUGGACACUAGCAUCUCCCUAGACAAAGUGAGCAGUCAUGCUGACAGAAUCAGCGAAUGUUACCCGGUCGGUGCGACAUGCGCCAAUAUUCAACCGACCUCGGUGCCCGACAGAUCGGAUAGAGUAACCAUCUUUCGUCCAGAAGUCACUCCUCCACUGGAACGUGACACUUGUGUGGAGCGGUCGGCCUGUCGUUGCUCAUCACGCAGAGCCACCACGCCACCACGCCAUCAGAUCCAUCAAGACCACCUAACAGUCCCCACCGCAGCGAUUAUGACAAUCUCAAAGAAACUGUACGUCUUUUGUGCACACAAGUAAGCACCAUGUGCACUGUUAUAAAUAGCUUACAGGCGACCAGAAACCGGUCAGCCUCGCGCCGACGUUCUAAAUCUCGGGAGUGCCCUUCUACAACUCUGCGCUGGUAUCAGCGGGUUUACGGUUCGAAAGCACGCAAGUGCAUGCCUCCCUGCACAUAUCUGCAGGCCUCACCACAGGGAAACGACCGCGCCAGCCAGUAACGGCGACAUUUACCGCUGGCCAGUCACGACCUAGUCGCCUCUUUUAUAUCAGUGACAAGACGAGCGGCCUCCGUUUCCUUGUCCAUACUGGUGCCGAGAUUUGUGUGAUUCCGCCUCCAAGGCGCCACCAUCUCAAGCCUUCGAAGUUUUCAUUGCAGGCUGCCAAUGGCACGACUAUCAACACUUAUGGUCAACGAUCGCUCACACUUGACAUCGGUCUUCGAAGACGUUUCCAGUGGGUCUUUGUGCAGGCUGACGUCAAAUCUCCCAUUAUUGGGGCAGAUUUCUUGACUCAUGUUGGCCUUGCAGUCGACCUCAAACAUUGCAAACUUAUCGAUAACACAACUACACUCUUUACCGUAGGGAUUGUUGCUUCUGAGCCCUCGGUUAGCAUCCAAUUGACCGUACCAUGUUCACUCUUCGCUGACAUUUUGAAGGACUACCCGUCCCUCGCUAGGCCCUGUAAGUUCACCGGGGAAGUUCAGCAUACGGUUAAACAUCACAUCAUCACCACAGGGCAACCUGUUUACGCUCAUCCUCGCCGUCUUCACCCCGAAAAACUUCGGAUAGCAAGGAACGAAUUUGAGCAUAUGAUGAACCUGGGAAUUAUUCGUCCUUCCUCCAGCCCAUGGGCUUCUGCCCUCCACAUGGUGCCCAAGAAAUCCACUGAUGAUUAGAGACCAAGCGGAGACUAUCGCGCUCUCAACAGAGCCGCUGUCCCCGACCGAUACCCUUUCCCCAUAUGCAUGAUUUUUCUCACACGCUAGCCGGAAAAACAAUUUUUUUCCAAAAUAGACCUCUUGAGGGCAUAUCACCAAAUUCCGGUCGAGGAAGAAGACAUCCCCAAGACCACCGUCACAACGCCUUUCUGUUUGUUCGAAUUCCUUCGCAUGCCGUUUGGUUUGCGCAACGCGGCCCAAUCAAGUCAACGUUUCAUCGAUGAGAUCUUGCGAGGUCUCACAUUCACUUAUGUCUACAUUGACGACAUACUCGUCGCAAGUUCUUCGGCAGAGGAACAUGCCUCGCACUUGCGCCAAAUAUUCGACGGUUUCCAGCAACAUAGUCUGCAGUUAAACGUCCACAAACGUAUCUUUGGCGUCUCUUCCCUAGAUUUCCUUGGUCACCACGUCGACCAGCAUGGAAUCACACCGCUGCUUGAGAAGGUGCAGAGCAUCCUGUCACUCCAUGUCCCCAAGACCCUAACUCAGCUGAGACGACCGCCAACCUAAACUUAGUAUUGAAGGUCACGCAAUAAAUGUGCCUGGGGUUAUUAAGGAUUUGGGCGUAUCAUACUCCAAGAGUCUCAAUCUCUCGGAGCACUGUGCCUUGAUAGUCUCCAAAGCACGUAGAACGACCGGGUUUAUCCUCCGAAAUUUUAAAACUAGGGACAUUAGAAUGCGCCGUUUCAACAUGAACGUUAGACCUGGUCUGGAAUACUGUUCGUCUUCAUUUAGCUUCAUGCGUGCUACUUAGCGGAAGAAAAUAGAAUCCGUUCAACACUUUUUUACCAAGAGAAUUUUAACCCCAGAACACCGACAUUUGUCUUACCAAGAACGUUGCCGGCUUACAGGCCUCGAUCCUUUAUGGUUCCGUAGAUUACAAAAGGGACUAUUUUUGCUAUUUAAACUCUUAUGUAAUCACACAUUUAACCAGCACACCUCUUUAAGACAUCAUAUCCACCCACGACGUAACAGUCACCGUGAGGUCUUCUUAUUUCUGCCUCUGGCACGUACUGUUAAAUAUCGUCGGUUCUUUUCUGUAAAUGCAGUUGCUAUUUGGAAUAAACUACCCAUGAGUGUGAAAACUCUGCAAAAUUAUCCUUUAUUUAACAGAACUAUUACUCGAUUUUUGCAUUCAGAAAAGCUCCCACAAAUUUUGGGUGCUGAAUCUGCUGAUCGACUGUACCGUAGCGAUGGCGUUUGCGGUCUCUGAACACUAUGGCCGGUCUCACCAGCUGUUCCUCAACGCCUCUACUUUGACUAUCCCCAACUUCAUGAAAGGAAUUUGACGUCCGAUAAUCUCCGAUACCGUGCAACCUCCCCCCUUCUUGACGGUCGAUAUUCUCCCACCGCCGGCAGUUUUUUCUCCUGAGCCCUCCAAACCACAAAAUCCACCAUCAACUAUAUUUUUAUCCCUUAAGCUCAGGAGUUUUUUUCACUGCUGGUCGGAUUUGUGUUUAAUCGCUUCCCUUGACAAUGCCUGUAAACUGGCAUUAAAUAAAAAUUUAUCUAUUUAUUUAUUUAGGUCUUUUCAACUAUUACCGACGUUUUAACCCUCGCUGUGCGGCGACCCUAGCUCCCUUAACUGACCUUCUAAAGUCUAAAGCAAAGCCCAUCGAACUUCCUCCAGCAGCAAACUCAACCUUUGAGACAGCUAAGAAAGCUCUUGCUGAUGCCACUUUGCUUCACCAUCUCAGCUCCGAUCCCCACGCACAACGGAUCUUGACCACCGCUGCUUCCAAUAGUGCUGUUGGCGCAGUCCUACAUGAACAGGUGAAUAACCGGUUGCAGCCAUUGGCUUUCUUUUCACAGAAGCUACAACCGGCGCAGACUCGCUACAGUACUUUCUCUCGCGAACUCCUCGCCAUCUACUUGGCUAUUCGUCAUUUUCGACACCUCUUAGAGGGCAGAGAUUUUUCGGUUCACGCCGACCACAAACCUCUCACUUACGCCCUCAAAACCAAGCCAGAUAGGGACUCGCCCAGGGAAGUUCGUCAUCUGGACUAUAUAUCGCAGUUUACUGCAGAUAUCCGUUACGUCCGAGGCAGCGACAACGUCGUUGCUGAUGCAUUAUCCCGUCCGGACAUUAACACACUUACAUCCGAUUUCGACCUGGCGAAGCUUGCAGACCUGCAAUCAGGCGACAAGACCAUUGACGACCUGCGUUCAACUACUACUCUGCAACUUCGAGAUGCACCACUUCCCGUAUCACCAGGCACGAUUUUAUGCGACUGGUCCACAGGCACUCCUCGACCUGUUGUUCCACUAUCCUUCCGCAAGACAGUGUUUAAGCAUUUCCAUUCCCUGUCACAUCCUGGCAACCGCGCUUCGCGUAAACUAAUCGCUGCUCGCUUUAUCUGGCCGACGAUGAACUCUGACAUCGCUCUUGGGACUAAAUAG